AUGGCGCGGCGCAUCGCGCGCGUCGCCGCGCCCCGUCCCCGCGCGCGCGGGCGACGGGCGCUCGGACGCGCCGUCGAGCGCGCGGUGGAGAUUUUCUGGGACGUCGAUAACGUCCGCCCGCGGGCGUCGACCGUGGACGUCGUCAUCGAGCGAUUGAUGGACGCCGGACGGGCGUUCGGACGCGUCGACGCCGUGCGGGCGUACGCGAACGCGGCGACGAUCGAUCGGUGCGACGUCGAGGACGCGCUAAAGGCGCGCGCUCGGACGUGGACCUUGGACGUGUGCUCGACGACGGCGGUGGAUGGGGCGGAUCGAAAAUUGGGGGCGGAUGUGGCGACGUACGCGCGCGGCGCGGACGGGGAUGGAUUUCGGUUCACGACGACGCGAUGGGAGGUGGAGAACGAAGGUGAUGCCGCGGGAGCGGCGUGGAGGGAGGUGGAGGCGAUGUGGCGACGACGGGCGCGGGAGGCGCGGGAGGGGCUGCCGAUGAGGGACGACGCGCGGGACGCGGUGGAGGCGAUAACGAGAGGACGAACGCGCGUGGCGUUGGUGGUGACGAGCGAUAACGAUAUGCGGGUGGCGAUGGAUUAUGCCGCGGCGAACGGUGUGUGCGUUGUCGCGCUCGGGACGAUGUCGCCGAGCGUCGGAGGGCGACGGUCGAUGAAAACCAAGUCUGGUCGCGCGACCGCGAAAUCGGCGGGAAGAGAGGGGAUGACGAAGGAGUAUUGGAACGCGCUCAAGAUGGAGUGCGAACGCAGAGAGCUCUCGAGACUGAGUCUACUGCAAUCGUGCGAUGGUGCCUUGGUGUGGGAUCCCUCGCGAGAGUUCGAUGGGCACGCGGGACAAGUCGUGGGCGUUUGGCAUCCGGGACGCGCGAGCAUCGGUCGAUGGUAUUUCGCGCAUUAG